GACAACGACGCGAACCUGGCUGUCGGAGUCGCGCGAUCGAUCAGUGGCCUUUCGCGAUUUUUCUUUCGGCUGGCGAGUCCUCGCACGAGGCGUAGACCCGACUAGAACUUUUCGGAGUCGCCAUCGUUUACGGUCCCCCCUCGUGAUUUCUUUCGAUUUAGCCGCGUUAACAGUUUAUUCCGAAACGGAGGGGGCUUGCAGCGGACGGCCGAAGGUUGCAACGAUAUAUCUGCGUGCGAGCGUGAACGUUGAACAUUACGAAACGUUACGAAUCGUCGAAAGUCGAACGCGAAAGAAGCGAGGUUGUUAAAACAAUAACUUGGUUUUAACACAUCGUGAAAAUGGUUAAGGAGACUACGUUUUAUGACGUGUUGGGUGUUAAGCCUGGAUGCACGCAAGAAGAUUUGAAGAAGGCCUAUAGAAAACUUGCUUUGAAAUAUCAUCCUGACAAGAAUCCUAACGAGGGCGAAAGGUUUAAGCAAAUUUCUCAAGCAUAUGAAGUAUUAUCAAAUCCUGAGAAGAAGCGUAUCUAUGAUCAAGGUGGAGAGCAAGCUUUGAAAGAAGGUGGUAUGGGCAACAGUGGUUUCUCAUCUCCUAUGGAUAUCUUUGACAUGUUCUUUGGUGGAGGAUUUGGACGAGGUAGGGGAAGAGGUAGAGAGCGCAAGGGUCAAGAUGUUAUGCAUCAAUUAUCAGUUUCCUUGGAAGAACUUUACAAGGGAACUGUGCGUAAACUUGCUCUGCAAAAGAAUGUCAUCUGUGAGAAAUGUGAAGGUGUUGGUGGAAAGAAGGGUUCUGUUGAACAAUGUACGACGUGUCAUGGCUCUGGCCUGCAAGUACAAAUUCAGCAAUUAGGUCCGGGAAUGUUGCAACACUUACAAACUAUGUGUUCAGACUGUAAAGGUCAGGGUGAACGUAUCAAUCCUCGUGACCGUUGCAAGCAUUGCAAUGGAAGAAAGACCAUUAGAGAUAGGAAAAUCUUGGAGGUCCAUGUCGAUCCAGGCAUGGUAGAUGGCCAAAAGAUUGUUUUCACUGGUGAAGGUGAUCAAGAACCGGAUCUAGAACCUGGUGACAUAGUUAUUCUUCUUGAAGAAAAGGAACACGAAGUAUUCAAGCGUUCAAGAAAUGAUUUGAUCAUGCGGAUGCAACUAGAAUUAGUGGAAGCGUUAUGUGGAUUUCAGAAAGUUAUCCGUACUUUGGAUGGUAGAGAUUUAGUGAUAACUUCAUUCCCUGGCACUGUAACAAAACACGGAGACUUGAAGUGCAUCUUGAACGAGGGCAUGCCGAUUUAUAAGGAUCCGUUUACACACGGUAGGCUCAUAAUACAAUUUAUAGUCAAUUUUCCGAAGAGCAUAGAGCCGUCGGUUAUUCCGACACUGGAGCAAUGUCUACCAGCGAGAGAAGAGGUUAUAAUUCCGGACAAUGCCGAGGAGUGCUUACUCACUGACUUAGAUCCUGAGCAGGAGCAGAGGCGGAGAGAUACAAGACAGGCGUACGAGGAGGACGAGGGGGGUCCAUCGCGCGUACAAUGUGCCACACAUUAAUUUGAUUACAUUAAUCUUGUAAUAAACAUAGCCAUUUCUUUCAUUUCGAACUUUCUGUCCCAUUCGCUCGAUUUCGCGUAUCGCGUUAAAGAAGGAAAUAACAUAGAUGGAUAUAUAGGAAAGCUAUUCAAUACGCAAAAAUGAACUUGAAAUAAUUCAUGUCCGGAUACGCGCAGAACUGUGAAUAUAUUACAGUUAUUGAUUCUUCAAUCAGCUCCUUACGCGAUAAUUAGAUUAGGUUGCAACUGAAUAGAUGGAUUAUCAUCAUUGUAAUGAGAGAUAAAUCUUCAUUAUUAUGUUGAAAGUAGAUAAAAAAUAUAUUUUAAAUUCUGGGGAAACAUCUCAGUGAAGUCCAUCAGUUUUGCUUAAGUAGAGAAUCAUUAAAAGUAUGUACUUAUCAUUACACAGUGGUAAGUAACUUUAUUUAGCGAUCUAACGUAAUAUUUUAUGGUACAAUCCUGAAUUACAAGCUAAUUACUAUAUGCAAUACGUCAUGUAUCUUUUAAACAUCAUUAUUAUUCUUCACUAUUUGACCAGUUAUAUCGCUCCAAUAAUCAGCAACUCAGCAGUGGCUGCUAAAUAAAAUUAGAGUUAAAAUUUAUAUACAUAUAUUUAGUUGAAAUUUGUGAAUUAUCCAUAUAUGCUUCUGGUUCUCCAAAUAUUAAUAACAGCAUUUGAUCACUCCACACAUUUUGAACGGUUUAAAAAUUUUUAUUUUUACAGCUUUUUUAGAACAUAUAAAAGUAAUAUUGAGAUGUGUCAAUCGAUGUGUAAAUGACAAAUUUUUAAAUAUCUAGGUAAAGCUAUGAUAUAACAUCGAUCGUAUCAGAGAUCUUCGAAGGGUAAAACAUUAUUCCAUAUUCAUAGGAUAUUUAAUUUUUUUCCAAUCGUUUUUGUAUACUGGCGUGAGACGAUAAUAACGGAAAUAUACAAUUUUGUUUGCGAAUAAUGCAAAUAAAAUGGAGAAUCAGGUUCCUGUGUGCGUGUGUAUGUGUGGACGAUUGCGCGUAUUCGUAAACAGCUCUGUGCAAUUAUGUUAUUGGAUCUAGCAGCUCUUUUCUUUACAUUAGCUCAUGCUAAGAUUUUAUUGUAUAUCCUUAUAAUAAAAUCGAUGAUUGUAAAAUUAGGAAAUUAUGGAAAUUCAAGAGUAAGGAUCUUUUAUAUAACAAUCAUAUAUUUAUUUCUAUAAAAAUUUAUUCCGUUAUUUUUACCGUAACUCCAUCAACGCGCAUGAACAAAUGUUCUAGACAAUUUUGAAAUCCUAUUGUACUAUAUUAAAGUAAUAUACUUUUGAAACAUACCCCCUACAUUCACAUAAUUUACUGUAUACAUGGUCGUGUACUCGCAGUUACUAUAGUGAAUUUUACUAAAUAGCAACAUAUGUCUCUUGUAAUCUUAUUUAUUAUAGGAAAAAUUGGUGAUUGAUUAGUACUUUUUUUUUGAACAUCUUAAAUAAAUUCGAAACUGUACACUCUAUAAAA